AUUUGUUACCAUGAGCAAGAGUAGGAUGGAUAAAGAUGAAAUGGAAGCUUGGAGUCCUGUGGCAACAAUCGAAGAUAUUCACAAACGCCUUACUCGUCCUCCUCAACAAUCUUCGUCCUCUCUCAUCGCACCUCAUCUGUAAUUCAUCCUUUUCUCUCUUCAAUUCAGCUUAUUAUUAUUAUGCAUAAUGCAUUUGCAAAUUGCUUAAAUCUAGAUGUUUUUGUUAUUCACAGGUACGAAUUACAGCAUCACAACUCUUCACUAUCGAAAUCGAACUUAGAUACAUCUCCGUUACAGAAAUGGAGAAAACUUACUCCUCCUCAGCAAUCUUCGUCCUCUGUUAUCGCACCAAAUCUGUCCGAAUUACAGCAUGAUCACUCUUCGCAGUCGAAGUUAGAUACAUCUCCGUUACAAAAAAGGAGAAAAUCAAGAGUUGUUAAAGUAACGAAUAAUGAGAGAAUAGAAGACUACUUCGAUCUAUCUCUUCUCUCUACAAUUCGCGCGAAAAUGAAGAGCUCAUUGAAGAAACAAAUUAGAAAGAUGAAAGUAAAGAGCGAAUUCGAGGAGUUUGCGUGGCCUGUAGGAGAUCAUGAUUCCUCUGAGGUGUUCUCAGAAUGUAAGAGAAGAACAGAUGAAGCAAUUGUUGAUCUCAAAAACGACGACGAUUCGUUUGGGGAAGGUGAAGAAAAUCAUGUGAAUGGUGUGGAUCCGUUUCAACGGUUUGAAUCAACGGCACUGAUGCGGUUCAAGAGAUGAUCAAACAAAGUAAGGAUGGCGCCAAUAUUUUUUUUUGGUUUGAAAACAAAAAGUGGUUAUGACUGGUUAGACACUCGCAGAAUGCAGCAACAAUAAAUGUUAAAGUCACCAGAUUGCAUUAGUAAUGGGAUUCGGAAUAUCGAAUUGAUUAAUCAAAAGAGAGAUUCAACAACGAAAAGGAAGAUCGAUUCUUUGGGAUCCUUCCUUUCUUCAAACAGUACGAAAGGAAUGGAAUCAUGCCGAUUCCCGAAAUGCCUUUCGGGAUAUUCCUCAAUGUCAAGAAUAGUGGAGGAUUAUAAGUCGGCAAAGAAUGAAUUUUUUUUUUCUUAUUGUAUGUUUAGAUUUUCUUUAAAAUCACAAAAUCGAAUCAAACCAAUAAACAUGUAUCUUAUUUGAUUUGGUUUGAUUGUAAUAAUUGAAAAACCGAUUAUAUUUCGGUUUUAAUAAAAAACCAACCCAAACCAAACUAUGAACACCUCACUUCCACAUUAUUAAUAUAUUAGUAGUAUAUUUCUCAUCCAAAUCACAGCAGAUAUAAAAAAAAAAAAAAAAAAAAAGCACCCCAUAGUUUUGAAUCUCUUAGUCUAAAAGAUUUGGCACUCUCUUUUCAAUCAUGUCAAGCUAAAAGAAACCGACCAAUCUGAACAAAGUAAAUGUAUCAGCCAACUCUAUAUCGCCUCUACUUUGAAGGUAAAGCCACAUUUUUAUAUAUUUUUCCCCUUAAAGAAAAGAGUUCCAAAGUUAAAAAGUUUUCAGAAAACAGAAGUAAACCCAAAGUUGAUUUUGCACAUCCUCAAAAGAAAAGAAAAAAAUAGAUUUAAACAAUAGUUUCAAACACUCCAGAAAUAUUCGAUGAAAGGAAGACUCUGAUCCCCUCUACUCGAUUGAUAACCCUUCACACUACACAAUGUGCUAAAAACUACAUGGUAAAUCAUAGUCUUAACCAGGCUAUCAAUGCCAAUGCACCCUGCUGCCAGAUACAACUCCAUGUUCAGGAGAAAAUGUUUUUGGCACAUCAAUAUUCAUUCAUCUAAUACAUGGAAUAACAUAACAUUACCAUAGUGCACGAGCGGAUCUAUAAACAAAAAUCUUCCA